AUUUCGUUCAUUUGGCCAAUAAGGACGUUGCACAGGUCAACCAGAGAGGAAAUACUUUUUAUUUUUAUUUAACCUUAAAGCCGUGUUCUGUUUUGAUAAAGAACACCAGAAGUGAGGCAUAUUUUAUUGUGUUUAUAAUCGUUAGAUAUCAUGGACGUCUUCGAAGCCCGUGGAUACGAAAAGAGUCUUGCACGUUAUCUUCCAAAUCGUUUUAUGAAUGUAUCACUUCGCGCCCCCCCGAUGGACACCGGUGGCGGGCUAAAAAUUCCGCCGUCUAUUAAGACCGAGAAUCCAGAGUGGGCAUCUGUCACAGCAAAUGAAGAUCAAAAGCGGGUUCACCCCAGACAACCACUGUGCUUUCAAGAAGGCUUAAUGGAUGCGCAAGAUACAUCGGUGAACAACCAAGGAAAGGGUGAAGAAUCUCACGCAGAGUUAGAUGCCCUUGUAAAACAGGAAGAUUUCGGACUUGAAUCAGAUCUGUAUGCAGAGCACAUUGACCAGUUAGGGCACGUUCACGUCGUGGAGGAUGGCAAACUGGAAUUGGACACGGAUGAAGAAUUCCCAGCCUUCACGUGUGUUUACUGUGAAAUCUCCUUCAUGAAUGAACAGCUUCUCAGGGAACACCUUGAGGAUACCCAUCUGGAUCAUGUUGGUUCCUCAGAAACGCCAUACCGCUGCACCGAAUGUGGCGAAUGUUUUACUCGUGUGGGCUACUUUCGUCAGCAUCAGCGAAUUCAUAAACAAGAUCGACCUUACUGUUGUCCUCACUGCGGAAAGCGUUUUGGAAAAUCUGGUAAUCUCAAAACUCACUUGCGGAUUCAUACUGGUGAAACCCCAUUUGACUGCCUUGAAUGCGGAAGACGUUUUAAAGAGUCAGGAGCUCUUAAAAAGCAUCAACUAAUUCACAGUGGAGAGACCCCAUUUCCUUGUACAGAGUGUGGGAAGAGUUUUAGGCGUAAAGGCGACCUUAAAAAGCACCAGAGAAUACACACAGGUGAGACACCAUACCUUUGUACCGAUUGUGGUAAAGGGUUCAGCGAGUCUGGUGCUUUGAGAAAACACCAGAGAAUUCACACUGGAGAAACACCAUAUUCUUGUGAUGACUGUGGAAAAAGUUUCAAAAGCAAAGAUGUCUUGAAGAAACAUCAGCGAAUUCACACUGGGGAGACUCCAUAUUCCUGCAGUGACUGUGGCAGAAGUUUUAGUCAAUCUAGCACACUAAAAAUACACCGAAGGAUUCAUACAGGAGAGACCCCUUAUCCUUGUAGUGAAUGUGGGAAGUGCUUCAGACGUUCGGGAGAUUUAAAAAGCCACAAACGAAUCCACACAGGAGAGACCCCUUAUCGGUGUACAAGUUGUAAUAAAUGUUUUACUUACUUGUACCAACUGAAAAUGCAUACGUGCGACAGUCAUAUGUAAAGUGAAUGAAGAUAUACAGUACAUUUUAUUCCACUCUGUGCCAAUUUAUAAAUAAUUAUCAUCCACAACAUGCUAUGGACUUUCUUUUACCAAAUAUAAAAAUAUAAAUAUUACAUGAAAUUAAAAAAAA